AGGCAGGGAGUGGGUGAGAAGGACUCUUCUUUGGACGGACGAGACCAGGGCUGAAGCAGGAAUAACCGUCCCUCCAUCUCCCCAGCAAGAAAGCCUUCCUACAAACAGGAUCUGCCAGGCAAGACUGAGUGCCCCCCCCACCCCGCCCAAACAUCUUCCCAAGGAGGGGCAUGUGGGGCCUGACAGCUCAGCAGCGCAUGUCAGCAGCUCCAGCCCCGCGGUGAACAUCUGAACUCCUCAGCGGGGUAAUGGACCCCCGCCUUCCCCCGGAGACACAGCCUGAGUGGCAGGAAUACCGAUUCUUUGGAGAGUGACUCCCUCUCAGCUCUGUCACGCAAGAACGCUCUCUGCACCAGAGCCCAUUCUGCCAAGUGACUUAAAGGGAUUAAAAACAAAACAAAAGAAAACUUGGUAAAGAAAAAGGGGUAAAAGCCAGGCAGAAGCCUUUCAGAAGAGGUGGCGGCCAACAGACAAAAGGGCGGAAGUUGAAAGAGGGCAGGGAGGCCACCCUCCCCAAGGAUGGGCGCCCGGCCCUAGGGCAUGCCUGAAGAGCAGGGGCCCAGAACACCCUCAGGUCGCGCACGGGAGCCCCGGGGCUGCGGGGGACACCCCUGCAGGCCCCUCACGCAAACCCCUCAUUCCAGGAGGAGAAGCCAGCAGUGCCGGCAGCCUAGGGCGCAGGAGAUGCUGCGCCUGAUCCGCAGCCACGUCUGAACACGAGGAGCCCAGCCGAGCGAAGCACAGGGUCUCCUCCCUGAGCCCCGGGCACCCCCAGCACCACCCAACACCCCAGGUCUGUGGUCUGCACCCUGAGUGCCAAGGCUGGUGGGCUGCAAUGUAAGCACGGCCCAGGCCCACCUCGACGGAAGCGCAGCGCCCAGAGCUGCAGGCUGCCAGGCUGCAGCGAAGGAGGUGUAGAGGCUGCAAGUCAAGCAGGGCCUGGCUCCCCCAGCCGUCCACCAUGGUGGUGGCACACCCCACUGCCACCGCCACCACCACGCCCACUGCCACCGUCACGGCCACCGUCGUGAUGACCACAGCCACCAUGGACCUGCGGGACUGGCUUUUCCUCUGCUAUGGGCUCAUCGCCUUCCUGACGGAGGUCAUCGACAGCACCACGUGCCCCUCCGUGUGCCGCUGCGACAACGGCUUCAUCUACUGCAACGACCGGGGGCUCACCUCCAUCCCCGCCGACAUCCCUGACGACGCCACCACCCUCUACCUGCAGAACAACCAGAUCAACAAUGCCGGCAUCCCCGAGGACCUCAAGACCAAGGUCAACGUGCAGGUCAUCUACCUAUACGAGAACGACCUGGAUGAGUUCCCUGUGAACCUGCCCCGCUCCCUGCGGGAGCUGCACCUGCAGGACAACAACGUGCGCACCAUCGCCCGGGACUCGCUGGCCCGCAUCCCGCUGCUGGAGAAGCUGCACCUGGAUGACAACUCCGUGUCCACCGUCAGCAUAGAGGAGGACGCCUUCGCCGACAGCAAGCAGCUCAAGCUGCUCUUCCUGAGCCGGAACCACCUGAGCAGCAUCCCCUCGGGGCUGCCCCGCACGCUGGAGGAGCUGCGGCUGGAUGACAACCGUAUCUCCACCAUCCCGCUGCACGCCUUCAAGGGCCUCAGCAGCCUGCGGCGCCUGGUGCUAGACGGCAACCUGCUGGCCAACCAGCGCAUCGCCGACGACACCUUCAGCCGCCUGCAGAACCUGACCGAGCUCUCGCUGGUGCGCAACUCGCUGGCUGCCCCGCCCCUCAACCUGCCCAGUGCCCGCCUGCAGAAGCUCUACCUGCAGGACAACGCCAUCAGCCACGUGCCCUACAACACGCUGGCCAAGAUGCGUGAGCUGGAACGCCUGGACCUGUCCAACAACAACCUGACCACGCUGCCCCGCGGCCUGUUCGAUGACCUGCAGAACCUGGCCCAGCUGCUGCUCCGGAACAACCCCUGGUUCUGCGGCUGUAACCUCCUGUGGCUGCGGGACUGGGUGAAGGCACGGGCGGCCGUGGUCAACGUGCGAGGCCUCAUGUGCCAGGGCCCCGAGAAGGUCCGGGGCAUGGCCAUCAAGGACAUCACCAGCGAGAUGGACGAAUGUUUCGAGGCGGGGGUGCAGGGCGGAGCGGCCAACGCCGCCGCCAAGACCACGGCCAGUGACCACACCUCUGCCACCACGCCCCAGGGCUCACUCUUCACCCUCAAGGCUAAGAGGCCGGGGCUGCGCCUCCCUGACUCCAGCCUCGACUACCCCAUGGCCACAGGCGAUAGUGCCAAGACCCUGGUCAUCCACGUGAAGCCCCUGACGGCCGACUCCAUCCGCAUCACGUGGAAGGCCACGCUCCCCGCCUCCUCCUUCCGGCUCAGCUGGCUGCGCCUGGGCCACAGCCCAGCCGUGGGCUCCAUCACGGAGACUCUGGUGCAGGGGGACAAGACAGAGUACCUGCUGACGGCCCUGGAGCCCAAGUCCACCUAUAUCAUCUGCAUGGUCACCAUGGAGACCGGCAACACCUAUGUGGCCGACGAGACGCCUGUGUGUGCCAAGGCGGAGACGGCCGACAGCUACGGCCCCACCACCACAUUCAACCAGGAGCAGAACGCCGACCCCAUGGCGGGCCUGCCCGUGGCGGGCAUCAUCGGUGGCGCCGUGGCCCUCGUCUUCCUCUUCCUGGUCCUGGGGGCCAUCUGCUGCUACGUGCACCGGGCCAGCGAGCUGCUGACCCAGGAGCGGGCCUACAACCGCGGCACCCGGAAAAAGGACGACUAUCUGGAGUCGGGGACCAAGAAGGAUAACUCCAUCCUGGAAAUCCGCGGCCCCGGGCUGCAGAUGCUGCCCGUCAACCCUUACCACAGCAAGGACGAGUACGUGCUCCACACCAUCUUCCCCUCCAACGGCAGCAGCCUCUGCAAGGGCACGCACACCAUCGGCUACGGUGCCACACGGGGCUACCGGGACGGCGGCAUCCCUGACAUAGACUACUCCUACACAUGAUGCCAGCACCCGGCUCCUGCCUCCUCCUGGUGUGGCGACUGUGUGGCCUUGACCAGCCUGCUGCCAUCUGACAGAACAAGGAAAAGAAAUUCCAUGAUGACUUUCCCAUCAGAAAGCAGAGUUUGGGGAGGGUUGACAAUUUCGUAGAACACAACAGUGAAAAAAAUAAUUUUUUUUAAAGAAUAGAAGGCAGGAGGGGGAUUUGACAUUGAUGAAGACAUAAUUUAUACCAAAUUAUGCCAGGUGGGGAGGAAAAGACUAAAAAUAAUAUCGCAGGAAGGGUUGGGUUGGGGCUUUUAUUUUUCCUGAACUGGAAAGAUACUACCUGUGCUCCGUCUGUGUACGCCUCAUGCUCUGUGCAGGGCCGUCACAAAGGAACCAUUAGAAAAGCAGCCAACACGCGCAGCCCCCAUGCAGCUCUCGCUGCCGGCUGCUCACUGGCGACGACACGAUGGAAGGUCCUCAGGCUCCUCACAAAGGAGAGGGGAAGAAAAGAUGUUUUGCUGUGGAGAUAUUGUCCUGGUUCUUUCCAUGCCAUUUCCCUCACAGAUUUGCAGAAAUAGCGCGUCUUUCACUGCAUUCUUUGAACGACGAUGUAGCUGAUUAAAAAACAAACUUUCUUUUUCCUAUACUGAAGCCCUCCUCAAUUCCAUGCACCAUAGUCCAUGGAAGCACCAGGGAAGCUGUGGCUGUUCCAGCGCUUGGAGGUGCAUCUAUCUACCUGUUUAUCUUUAUGUCGUGUAUCUAUCUACAGAUGGGUAGAUAGAACCACAUAUACAGUCCUUACAGUACUUCUUGGGUCAGUUCGUACAAUUUCUUGAGACAAUAGAGUCACGAAAAUGUUGCUUUCUCCUAGAAAUCAUUGAGUAAGUAGACAAAGUGUGUUGGGGAUGGGAGUGGGGUGGGGGAUAAUGCUGUUCCUAAAGGCGGAGGCGUGUCUGUCCUGGCUGGGUGGCUGGGAGACCCUGGGCAAGGGGUGUUUUCAGUUCAGUCAGUCCUAUCUCAGGUUGGCCAGGGCUGGGCCAAGCUCCUUUCGGAUACAGAGAAGAGCUUUCUUUGACUUCCAGUGUCCUCACCUCUCUCCCCCUACACCCCCACAAAUGCAAUCACCUCAGCAGCUACUUCCUGAGCAUUUACUCUGUGCAAAGUGCUUCCUCCAGAGACAGGUAAUUGGUGCAGAGACUUUUUUUUUUUUUUUAAUAUCAGCUGAUUAGACCUAAUGGUUUCCAUGGCUGCUCAAACAAAGCCCAGAAAAAGACAUGAAAAUUCUCAGAAAAGCCCUAGGAGACAGCACGCCCCCCAACCCCAGAAUGCAGAACACCACACUGUGCCCACCCCUGGGAUGCCGCUCUGAAGAGGGAAGACCAGAUCUCUCUAAAAAUGCCAGCCUCCAAAAGGGUAGUGACUGGAGCCCUCAGAAGAGCUAAGAUCUUUUUUUUCCUCCCUCUGGAAUCAAUGUUGCCAUCGUUUAUCAACUGACAGUGCUGUUUGGUGAGCCAUGAGAUUAAAAGGAUGAUGAAAUAAUGACAGCAAAUCUGGAAAGAAGAGAGGAGUGGUGCCUGGGGUUCUGAUAUCUCCCACAUUCCAGCACUCGGGGAACUCGGGUCACCGUCUGUCAAGGUGCCAGUUGUCCUGCGCCCAGGAAGGGCGAUGUCAAAGGAGAGACGCUGUUCUGAGGGCAGGGAGGAUGAGAAGGGGUCCAGCUCCUGGCCGUGGUGUUUUCAGAAGGCCUUGCCUGCUUUGACAAAAGCCAAAGAAAGGAAGAGAAAGAUGAACAGCAGUCACAGGGCUGCUGUGACAGGCCCGGGGUCCAGCCAUUUGCUGGACCUGAAAAGAUGCUGCUGGCCCCUCAGUGAAGAGGCUGGGCUUGAAAGAAAUGGACACAACAACUGCGUGAGCGAGGUGGAGAAGAGGCGCGGCUCUCAUUGCCAGGCUGGAUGGAUGGUCUCACCAAGGGGGGAACCCCAAUCCCCAGCUGCAGGGAGAGGCCGAGGGUCAUGGACACAUUUCAUUCUAGACUCAAGCUUUUUCCCUUUUCCCACCUGAAGCAUUUUCUCAUACAAUGAGGUCAGGAGAGAAAUGUUUCCAAGGCUGGGACCAUGUUCCCAAGGCUGGGACUGUGUAAAGGUCACAUCCGUGUAAAGUUCGCCCUCCCUUUGGCACCCCCCAGACACAGGCGCAUCCCCCGCGGCCCAGGCAGGAGCAGAAGGGCCUCACUAGCAGCCUCCAGGAGGACAGGGUGCACAAGGGUGUGGGGCACUGGCUGGGGGUCAGAAGUUCAAGGUCUCUGCUGGUUCUGAAAUGCAGUUUCCUUCCCAAGGCACCACCCCUGUCUUUGGCCAGUGUUCCAGGAAAAUCGGUCCCAGCCUCCCCACUUCCAACCCCCAACCCCUGCUGCCAACAUGCUUGGUCCCCUGCUCUCACUCUUCAUCCUCCUUUCUCUUCUCCCGGAGCCAGGCGGGAGGUCAGAUCAUCCCCUUAGAGGCUAAGAAGGCAUUUGGGGAACAGCAGGUGGCCCUAUACAGGGAGGGCUACAGGGGAGACCUUGCAGCUCUGAGAGCCUGCCUGUGCCAGCAGCGCCCUCCAGGCCAGGCCUGGGUGAUGAACUUUCCUGCCCCGUAGCACAAAGCAGGCCCAGGCCUGCCUGGGCCUGAGGACACAUCAGUCUCCUGCUCCCGCCUCUUGUACUAAUGGGGCUUGGGCCCCAACUCACACCAGGGGGAAACCUGGCCCUGCCUGCCUUGCCGCAGGCAUCCUCCUGCUAGUGUAGGUGCUGAAGAUAGUGGAGACUCAGCCCAGCCAGGGCCCGGGGGCCCCCCUCUCAUCUUUUCUGCCCUCAGCAUCCCAACAUCUUUCCAGCAUCCUUUCUAAGAACAAGCUUCCAACUGUCUGCUGUCUCACGGCCCCCCAAGCCAGGGAUGGGGCCUGAAGCUAGGUCCGCUCUGAAACCCCAUCCCUUCCUGGUCCAGCCCCUCUGAGCCAGCCAUGCAACAUAAUGAGAGAGGAUGUUCCAGGGCACCCAGCCUCCUCCACCCCCUAGAAGCACGUGAGGACACAGGGCUUGGGCCACCACUUCUGUCUAGAAUCUCCCUCCUGUGGGCGGCCGACCUGACCCUUGCAGCCUCUAACUAGCCAGAACAACCUCAUUGACCUCAGCGUUGAUGAGUGUAUUUUGUGGCAUUUGAGGCAGGUUUCAAGUCAAAAAAAAAAAAAAUCCUGACACUUCUUUGGUUAAGUGGUUUACCCUUUGUGGUAAUUAGAUGUAGUGAUUGGAAUCUCUUUUCUAUUACAUGGCAAUUUUCCUUUAAAUUUCCCCUGAAAAAAAAAAAAAGGAAAGAA